AUGCGAAGAAAUACAAUUCAACAACAUUCAGCAUUGUUUAAACUUGGCUCAGACAUUGAAUACAUUUCUGGCGAUAUGAUGUUACCACAACAAAUCAAUGUCAGCAAUGAAGCUAGAAAAUUAUAUCAAGAAUAUGAAUGCAACAAUAAAAUAUCGAUUGCUACAAAGCUUAAAGAAUUUCUAGAUAAAGCAUAUGGUAGGUCAUGGCAUGUUACGGUAGUGGAUGGUUCCUUUGCCAGUUCAUAUACACAAGAAGUUAAUACUUCAUUUCACUUUAAAAUGAAAAAUCUUUGUUAUCUUAUAUGGAAAACACCAGAGUACAUAGAUGAAUAA